GUUAGGCCGGAGGAAUGGCGACUCCAUGAUCUGUCGUUGGGGGGGUGAACGGAUCGUACGAAGACACUGGUCUACCUUCCACAAUCGCAUGGGAGUACUUUAUUCAACUGUCUAAGACUGUCCUCAAGACAAUCGACACAAAAACCGAGCAUGGCGGCGAACAUGUACCGAGUCGGAGACUAUGUAUACUUCGAAACAUCGUCAACAACUCCAUUUCAAAUUCGUCGAAUCGAGGAGCUCAAUAAGACUCCGAGUGGAAAUGUCGAAGCAAAAGUUAUGUGUUUCUACAGACGGAGGGACAUUUCAAGUUCACUGAUAAUGUUGGCUGACCGACAUCAACUGGAAGAUGAGGGUGAUGAAGAGAAAGAAAGUGAUUCAUCAGACAAACAGAAGCACCAGUUAAAACACAGGGAGCUGUUCUUGUCACGGCAGGUGGAAACUCUGCCUGCCACACACAUACGGGGCAAGUGUGUGGUCACCUUACUCAACGAGACAGAGUCCUACAUGUCCUACCUGAACAAGGAUGACACAUUUUUCUACUCAUUAGUGUAUGAUCCUCAGCAAAAGACACUACUGGCAGAUAAAGGGGAGAUAAGAGUGGGGUCCAAAUUUCAGGCAGAGAUCAUACCCCUGUUAAAAGAAGAUGAGGAGGAUACAAGGAAAUCCGAGGAUCUGGAGGAAUUAGUGUGGACUCCAGAAAACAAUUUGUCUGACAGAGAGAUUGAUCAAUUCCUUAUACUGGCCAGGUCUGUGGGUACAUUUGCAAGGGCCCUGGAUUGUACAAGUACAGUAAGACAACCUAGUCUUCAUAUGAGUGCUGCUGCAGCUUCCAGAGAUGUCACACUGUUUCAUGCAAAAGAUGUAUUACACAGAAGUGGUUAUGAUGUGGCAAAGGCUGUAACUGCACUAGUUCCCUCUGGUGGGCCAGUUUUAUGUCGCGAUGAAAUGGAAGAAUGGUCAGCAUCAGAGGCUAAUCUCUUUGAAGAGGCAUUAGACAAAUAUGGGAAGGACUUUGCCGAUAUACGACAAGAUUUUCUUCCCUGGAAGUCUCUGAAGAGCAUUAUAGAGUACUACUAUAUGUGGAAAACAACGGAUAGAUAUGUACAACAGAAACGAAUAAAAGCAGCAGAGGCCGAGAGCAAAUUGAAACAGGUGUACAUUCCUAAUUAUAACAAACCGAAUCCAGCAGCUAUCAAUGGAAAGGUGAAUGGGGUGGAUGGUCAGAUGUCAGGAAGAGCCUGUGAAAGUUGUUAUACCGCCAACUGUAAUCAGUGGUACUCAUGGGGCCCGACUCACAUGCAAUGCCGGCUCUGUGCCUCGUGUUGGCAUUACUGGAAAAAGUAUGGUGGUCUCAAAAUGCCAACGAGGUUAGGUGGGUGUGAAUAUGGUGAACGACCUGCCCCGAAUCAAAGACAUGAGAGAGUAGCUCAAAUGGCAGCCAUGAGAAUGCAAAAAUGUACAAUUGGUGGAUGUGGAAAGGAGUUCAAGUUGAAGGCCCACCUAGCCCGUCACCUGGCCACAGCCCAUGGAUUGGCCAUUCGGGCAAGCAGCCCAAGGCCAGUCAUGAAAACACGCGCAGCCUUUUGUCUCAUCACUACCCCUCUCACUCGAAUCUCAAGAAGAAUAUGCAGGGAUAUCCUACGACCAAAACGUGCCGCCAGAACACCAUUUGUGGCAGUGAAUGUUGCAGCAAUCAAACAAGAAUGUCAGUUACGUCUUACUCAACACAAAGAAUAUGUACCAAGUAUCAAGCCAAAGAGCCCCGCUACUCUUGAGCCCAUUGUGUCAAAGCUUGGCAUUGAUGUGGAACAGGAGAAACCACCCAUGUUCUCCAGGCCAGACAAACAUGGUGACUCCUCAAGUGUAGCAUCCAAACUGAACGUUGGUCAUCCGUCAAUCAUGAAGAGGAGAGGAUAUGAACAGAGUAAUGGUGUCGAUGGUCCAGCCGCAAAGCGUCCUAACCUAGGAGUGAUUCGUCAGGCUGGAAUGGUCAAUAAGUCCACGCCACAACAGAGAAGCAGCGUGAUCAAUCACAUGAAUGGCCGUAACCGCGGCUCGAACCCCAAGUCACUCAAAAUGCAGAUGAUCAGCUGGAUAGAUGCGCCGGAUGAUGUUUACUUUGUCUCAACUGAUGCCACCAGGAAACUACGAAAGCAAAUGUCACAGCAAGAAUUCCGGAGAGCUGCACGUAAUCCAUGGCGUGCACUCAAGAUCCGCCCACCACCAGGUGCUGUCGCCGCUGCAGCUGCAGCAGUAGCGGCUGCAGCCGUGUCAUCAUCAGGAAACGGCAACCGUGAGGACAUCGUUGUACUAGACUGAAACUGGCCGAGCAACUAGUCAUCAGUCUUUUCACCUACAUGGAUAUUCAUCAAGAACUGUCCUAGCUAUGGGGCUGUUUAAAAGCCUGUAGCUAAUUGGCUACUGAACUGGGUAAUCUCAUUAUAGCUAAGAGUCUGAUUGGUCAUUUGGCCGAGAGGCAUUUAUUGUCUGCCCAGUUGACUGAGAUCACCCAAUUUGGAUCCACU